UGCUUUAGGUAAACACUCACAACUUUUUAUUUAUUUAUUUAUUUUUUAUUCUCCACGUUUCUUGAUGGAUGAAGAAACGUUUACAGCAGCGCAGUGUCGUUCAAAUCCGACCAAGGUAGAGUGCCCAUCUGGACAGUUUAAAAUAAAAGAAAAUGCAUUCCGCUAAAACUGAAAUUCAGAAGCAGAAAUCCACUACGUUCUUUGGAAUGGUCAAUAAUCACCAAGUACCUGCUGCCGCGGAUCUAUCCGAAAUGACUUUUUCCAUGUACAGCAGUAAAUCCCCAAGUUCUGCGAAGAGAACUGGCGGUAAUGAUAGCUGUGGUGCUGAACCCAGGAGAAGCACCCCUGAUAACGCAAGUCAACUACAAGAACCGAGUCCUAAAAGAUCCUCGCGUGCGUUAGAGGGAUUUCCUGCAAUUGAGAAGCUGCAAGGAACCCAAUCGAACAAAAAGCCCAGAGAAUGUUUCCAGCAAGAUUCUGCAAAAGCAAUUGGUGGCUGCAGCCUUUACUGCUCCCUGUCCGGGAAGAAGGAGUCCCUGAACCUGGUGAUGAGCGACGGAUCCUUAGCAAGGUGCAGACAGAACCUCGUUCUCCAUUCAGGAAGCCAUUCCGCCAGCGAUCACACUGCGUCCCUGCGUGAAAGAACGCUGCAAAGCCUGAGGCUCACUGCCAUCCCAAACCCAGAUACAAGAUCCUCUGGCUUUCAAGACACAUUAGUGCCAACUAGCACCACCAACACCUCCAGUAGAACCGGCUUGAAUGGAGGAGGACGCCUCCACCCGCACAUUAAGCAGGAGAGCCCCAGCAGCUACAAAACUCUGCCUGGGGUCCCUGUGAGCCAGGAGGUAUCUUCUGGAGGGGGGAUUGAGAUGCAAGGGGGGACAGCUAGCAUGCUGCAUCCCGAAAUAGAACUGGCCAACAAUAGCUUCACAAACUCGCUUUCAUCGUACUCGUUUAAUAAUGAACCAGGCUCCUCCCAGGGCUCAUUGUCAGCUGGCAGCUCCCGUCAUUCAGCGAGGCUACUGCAUUCAGGCAACCUGAAGAGGCGAUGCAUCUCUGUGGCCCCGGCAGCCGCCCCAUCUGAGGGAAUCGAUAUCACAGCUAUCAUCUGUUCUUCCCAGAUGUCCCUGGUAGCAGCCUGUGUCAACGGGCUUCGGACUAAUUCUCCUGGCGUUUCCUCUCACCCCAGAGCGGCCGCUGGUCACUUCUCGGGAAGCUGCAAGCCCCAGAGCCCCCCUCAGCCGUGUUCCCAGGCAGAGGAAAGCUGCAGCCUGCCGUCCCCUAGAGCCUGCCUCGUCUCCUUCUCCUCCUCAUCCUCCGUAGGCUCUCAGGAGCUGGAGCGCAGUGACUGUGAUCAGCAGCUACAGAUGCACCUUAACCACCAGCAGCACACACCACAGCAGCAGGAACAACCAGAAGGUCUCGGCUUCCUCAUGAACAAUAUGGCUCAUCACGGGGUGCUAGAGGGUUGUCAGAAAGCCAGCUUUUUGAAACAAGAGCCGCUGGACGAGUUCACCCAGGGCGAAGAGCUUUUCCAACAUCAUCACCAUCAUCAUCUCCAUCACCAUCACCGUCAUCACCAUAGUCUGCCCCCACCUUAUCAUUUGCACCAGUACAUCAACCAGAGCCAGAACGCUUUGUUUCACCUCCAGGGCCAGCCCCUUGCCGCGGAAUCCAAACUCCUGUCCCAGCCUGAGAGGGAGGACAACACCCUCAGCGGGGGCAGUCCCGACAAGCAGGUGUGCAGGUGGAUCGACUGCAGCAUUGCCUACGAGCAGCAGGAUGAGCUUGUGAGGCACAUCGAGAAGAUGCACAUCGACCAGCGCAAAGGGGAGGAUUUCACCUGCUUCUGGGCUGGGUGCGUCCGCCGAUACAAGCCUUUCAAUGCUCGCUACAAACUGCUGAUUCACAUGAGGGUUCACUCUGGAGAAAAGCCCAACAAGUGCAUGUUUGAAGGAUGUAACAAGGCAUUUUCUCGACUCGAAAACCUUAAGAUCCACCUGCGGAGCCAUACGGGAGAGAAGCCCUACCUGUGCCAGCACCCAGGCUGCCAGAAAGCUUUCAGCAACUCGAGCGACCGGGCAAAGCACCAACGCACACACCUGGACACUAAACCAUAUGCUUGUCAGAUCCUAGGCUGCACCAAACGCUACACAGAUCCGAGCUCUCUCCGAAAACACGUGAAGGCUCACUCUGCCAAAGACCAGCAGGUGCGGAACAAGGUGCGCCCUUGCAACAACCUGGACCAAGAUCUCCUCAAUGAAUGUCUGGCUGUCCAAAAUCUCCAAACAGCCACUUCUGCACAGCACCUGAAUGGAAAAGGUGGGAGAUCAUCUGAGCUCAGCCAUGACAUGUUUACAGGUAUGUACGCUGGCUCCAGUGCCCACCACAAUGGACAGACAUCUGGGCUUCUUCCACCCACUCAAGAUCUAUCGUCUCGGCACCAGUCUCUCGAAGGCAAUAUCAACAGCCCACACAAUCAUCUGUCACCUUUGUCUGCAGUGGAAAACACAAGGGAAGGGAUUGGACCCCCGCUGCUGCUGCCCCCAGGUAUCAGCCCAAUGAAAAGCGUAGCGCCUCCAGCAGCACAAAUGGAGAAGCACAGCUCUUCCUCAUCAGAGGGUCAGGCCCACAGCGAACAGCAGCUUGCCGCUCACCAGAAACCUUACCUGCACUUCCAGGACCAACACACACAUGAAGGUUACCAAGGGAGCUUUCAGAGUUUCUUCCAUUAUGGAGACAACUACAGAAUUGAACAACCUGUCAGUGAUGUCAGUUUAGCAGGGGACUCCCACUGCUUUAAUCCUCAUCGACAAAAUGGGUACCCCAUGAAUUCUGCACACUCGGGCUCCACAGGUUUCGGUAUGGUCCAAGAACUGCAAAGUAGUUCUGGACAGGAAUUCUCCCCUACCCCCGAAGAAAAUGUGUUUUUUCAAGUUGGAACUUUUGAUCGCUGUUUGAAUCAGAUCUCUUCAGUCUACACAGGGACUUGAAAACAUGUUUUAACCCUGGGUCAGGGGACACACCUGCUAUUUAAACCCUAAAUUGUAUCAAUGAGCUUUCUGUUUCUAUGAAAUGAACUUCAGUUUUUGCUGUUCUACAUCCUAUUUGUUUUCUUUCACUGCCGUGGCACUCAGUAGAUAUCUGCUUUUUAAAUUCUAUAGAUUUUAGUUUUAAAAAAAAAAAUGCUGUGAGGUUUUGUUAUUUUUUUUUUUUCUAAAACAUUUUCUUUUUCUCAAUUGUAGAGAGCAUGUUUCGUAUAUUUUGGCUUGGAAACACCUUAAAAAGAAUGGAACUUUUUAAAACCUGCUACCUGUUCAUUUGAAAUGCUGCAACAUGGAUACAAAUGUACAGUUUGUUUUAAACAA